AUGUCUGAUAAUAUUGUUGGUAUUGAAUAUAACAGGGUUACCAAUACGUCCUCUACUGAUUUUCCAGGUCACAGCUCCAAUGGUGACUUUGCUUGGGAUAUAGAAAAGUUUAAAGAUUCGUUCGAGAUUAACAUUUCACAUCUCUCUGAAAGAUCGUCAACUUUUGACUUAAUCCACAUAGAUACUUCAAUUGCAAAUGCUUUUCGUCGUAUUAUGAUUUCAGAAGUACCUUCUGUUGCUGCUGAAACGGUUUAUGUUUUCAACAAUACGUCAGUCAUCCAAGAUGAAGUAUUAGCACACAGAAUUGGAUUAAUUCCAUUAAAGGUAGACCCAGACACUCUUACUUGGAUUGACACAGCUCAGGAUGAGAAAGACCGUUUUACCGAUGAGAAUACUAUUGUUAUGUCGUUAGAUGUCAGUUGUACCAAGAACCCACAUCCACCUCAAGGUUCUACUGAUCCAAAAGAGUUAUACAGAAAUUCCCACGUUUAUGCCAAAGACUUGAAGUUUGAACCACAAGGUCGUCAACUUGAGAUUUUCAAGAAUAAUCCUGUUGUUGCAGCUGACCCGGAUAUUUUGUUGGCCAAGUUAAGACCAAAUCAAGAAAUUUCCUUAAGGGCUCAUUGUAUAUUAGGUGUUGGAAGUGAUCAUGCUAAAUUCUCACCAGUAGCUACUGCAUCAUACAGAUUGAUGCCAGUUAUUACCAUAACUGAACCAAUCAAGGGCGAAUCCGGAAAGCGUUUCCAAAAGUGUUUCCCAUCAGGGGUCAUUGAUAUCAACAAGAACGGUGAGGCCGUUGUCAAGGACUCAAGAAAAGACACGGUAUCAAGAGAAGUCUUAAGACACGAAGAGUUCAAUGGUAAGGUCAAAUUAGGUAGAAAGAGAGAUCAUUUCAUUUUCAAUGUUGAAUCUACCGGUGCCAUGUCACCAGAAGAAAUCUUCUUCAAGUCGGUUAGAGUAUUAAAGAACAAGGCUGAAUACUUAAGAAAUUGUCCAAUUGGCCAAUAG